AUGGCGCCCGCGAACGAUGAGCAUAUAGUCACGAGCUCCGCGCAGGGGUCUAUCUCUCACAAUGACGACAAAGACUCAAAUCAUCCAAGCGAGCUAUCCAGCAAGGUCUCCAAUGAACAGUUAAAGGAAAAGUUCCACUCGGACAAGGCAAACGCGAUCCGCCAAGCUUGCAGUGAUCGAGAUAUAGAAGCCUUAGCUUCUCAUGCAACAGGCGAAGGUGGCCUGCUGGAGGAUGAGCUCCGAAGAAUAGCUUGGCCAAUCCUGUUACGAUGCGAUGGAGGUAUGCAAGAUGACGAUCAUCUAAAACCCUCAGGUGACCUGCCACGGCAUCCAGACGAAGAGCAGGUCCAUUUAGACGUCAACCGUGCAUUUGUGUAUUAUCCAAAUGAUCUUUCGAAUCAGGCAAUUGCCGAAAAGAAAGUACAGUUAUCGGAUCUAAUCACCAAGAUUCUCCGAAACUAUCCGAUGUUAUGUUAUUUCCAAGGGUACCAUGAUAUUGUACAAGUAUUCCUAUUGGUUCUAGGCAACCAAGAAGCGGCAUUGGCAAUGGCUCAUGUUUCCCUCUUUCGCAUCCGCGACUACAUGCUCCGAACAUUAUCUCCCGCUGUCAAACACCUCCAGCUCAUCCCCGCAAUCAUCGAAGCUGUUGACCCCACCCUGCGCCAACAUCUCGCAAACAUUCAGCCCUUUUUCGCACUAGCAGCCACCCUCACCCUGUAUGCCCAUGAUAUCCAGGAGUACAGUGACAUUGCCCGACUUUACGACUUGUUGUUAGCGAGAGAACCGGUGGUUUCAAUUUACCUAUUCGCGGCAAUCAUCCUGCACCGUAAAAAAGAGCUCAUGGACAUCCCACUUGAUGAACCAGAAAUGCUCCAUUUUACCCUUUCCAAACUGCCCCAGCCAUUGGAUUUGGAUGGACAUAUCUUGCACGCUGAGAAGCUUUUCAAGGAUCACCCUCCGGAAUCUUUGCCGUCUGGAAUAUGGAAAAGCAUUUCUCGAUACAGUGUGCUCAAAACAUCACGGAAUUAUUUGUCUCGGGGGUGUACUGUGCAAGAGGCAAUGCGACUAUUUGAGCAACAGGAUCGACAGCUUCGGAAUGAGGAACGCCGGAGGCAACUUGUUGAAAUUGUAUGGAAGAAUCGGAGAACGAUGACUUCUAUUGCGGUAGCUGUUUUGAUCGGCGCGGUGUCCUUUUACAUUCGCAAGAAGGGACUGGAUACAUCAAUUUGGGCCUGUUUUCGUCAAGCUAAAGCUUUUGUCUCCGCAUUUGUAUAA